AUGAAGAUCCUGUCGCGUCAUCUCGAACGUGAUGGUAGUGGCACGAUCACCCUCAUGCCAGAGUGCGAUGAGGAUCUAUACCAUCUUUAUAACCUGAUUCAGCCAGAGGACCUCGUACGCGCCUCCACGGUGCGUCGUAUUCAGAGCGAAUCCAGUACAGGCUCGAUUGAAUCUCAUCGAAUGCGGCUGCAAUUGACGCUGUCUGUGACAAAGAUUGACUUUGAAAUGAGCGCUGGGAAUUCCAUGUCCAAUACCGCAGGCAGCGGGACGGACUCGGGCAGUGAGCCGCCGUCGGAGACAUCGACACCGAUGAGCUCGUUGGUUCUUGGCGAAGCAGGCCAGGCAGCGCCAUUAAGCGGUGCGAGUCAAGGCCAGCCUAUGCUGCACAUCUCUGGACGUGUGGCUGAAGAAAAUGAUCAUGUGCGUACAGGCUCGUUCCAUACGCUUGACAUUGAGUUGCAACGCAAGUUGUCGAUCACAAAAGACCAUUGGGAUCAGCAUCAUUUAGACAUUCUGGAUGAAAGUGGCGAAGCAGGAAACACGGCUGAGGUUGGCGCUGUAAUCCUGGGUGAAGGACGUGCUAUUGUUUGUCUACUGACCAGCCACAUGACCAUUGUACGGCAACGCAUCCAAGUCGCAUUACCGCGGAAGCGAGCUGGUGCAGGCUAUGGCAGUGCGAGUGCCUCAAGCGGCACAGCGAAGCUCACCGAGCGCUUUAAUACACAAGUGUACAAUGCCGUCAUCAAACUCUUAUCGCUCCCGGAAAUGCGUGUUGUCCUUCUUGCUUCGCCAGGCUUCUGGCGUGAAUCCAUGUAUGAUUACUUACUGGCCGAGGCGACAAGGCGCAACGACAAAAUCCUUAUGGGCAGUGAGGGGAAGCGAAAGUUGCUGAAAGUGCACUGUGCUACGCCGCAUGUGCAUUCGCUUAUGGAGGUGCUAAAGAGCCCUGAAGUUUCUGCGCAACUCCAAAAUACCAAGUUUGCCCGGGAGAACCAGCUGAUGGAUCAAUUUCUUCGCACGCUCGCAUCGGACGAGCUUCGAGCAUGGUACGGUGAAAAAGCCGUGUUCCUUGCAGCGAACCGUGGUGCGAUCGGAACGUUGUUGUUAUCAGAUGCCCUCAUGCGCAAUACGCACCCUACGAUGCGCAAACGUUGGCUUGAUUUAUGUGAGCAAGUGAAGAGUUAUGGCGGUACCUCCGUAUUCUUUAGCUCUCUUCAUGAAAGUGGACGUCAAUUGAAUGGCCUGGGUGGUGUCGCUGCCUUGCUCACCUAUCCAUUGGAUCUUGAGAUGGUCGAAGAAGAAGAGGCCGAAGCUGCUGCCGAAGAGCAGGCGAAGAAACAGGUGCAGUGA